AUGGGGGCCCCCCGGGAGCGCCGCGAGGUUCUGGCCGCCAUCCGGGCCGAGGUGGCCCGGCACGAGGGGGCCAAGAGCCACCUGAACCGGCUGGUGCGGCUCGUGGAGACCGUGCCCGAGCCCCGGCUGCGCGGGAGCCUGGGCAGCGCCCUCAGGGCCCUCCGAGAGGCCUUGGUGAACAGCCAGGAGUGGACCCUGGGCCGCUCCAUCCCUGAGAUCCGCCUGGGGGUCCUGGGCAGCAGCAAGAGUGGGAAGUCGGCGCUCGUCCACCGGUUCCUCACCGGUUCCUAUGUGGGCCUGGAGCCCACCGAGAGUGGACAGUUCAAGCGUGAGGUGACGGUUGAUGGCCAGAGCCACCUCCUGCUCAUCCGGGAGGAGGCUGGCGCCCCGGACGCGCAGUUUGCCAGCUGGGCGGACGCCGUCAUCUUCGUCUUUAGCCUGGAGAACGAGAGCAGCUUCGAGGAGGUGACGCAGCUGCACGCGCUGCUCAGCGACCUCCGCGGCACCAGCGACGUGGCCCUGGCGCUGGUGGGCACCCAGGACAAGAUCAGCUCGUCCAGCCCGCGAGCCGUGGAGGACGCGCGCGCCCGGGCGCUCUGCGGGGACAUGCGGCGCUGCCUCUACUACGAGACCUGUGCCACGUACGGCCUCAACGUGGACCGGGUCUUCACUGAAGUGGCCCAGAAGGCCGUGGCACUGAAGAAGCAGCAGCAGCUGAUGGCAUCCUGCAAGUCCCUGCCCAGCUCCCCGAGCCAUUCCGCCGCCUCCACCCCCGUGGGAGGCGUCCACCCCGGCCAGACCAGCAACGGUGGCCACACCAGCGACUACUCGUCCUCACUGCCAUCCACCCCCAACGUGAGCCACCGGGAGCUGCGCAGCGAGACCCCGGCCCCGCUGGGGACCCCCAGCUCUCUGCACCGCGGGGCCAAGCGCCGCACCAGCCUCUUCGCCACGCGCCGCGGCAGCGACUCUGAGAAGCGCAGCCUGGACAGCCGAGGCGAGGUGGCCGGCAGUGGCCGUGCCAUCCCCAUCAAGCAGAGCUUCCUGCUGAAGCGCAGCGGCAACUCCCUGAACAAGGAGUGGAAGAAGAAAUACGUGACCCUGUCCAGCAACGGCCUCCUCUUCUACCACCCCAGCAUCAACGACUACAUCCACAGCACCCACGGGAAGGAGAUGGACCUGCUGCGCACCACGGUCAAGGUGCCCGGGAAGCGCCCGCCACGCGCCAUCUCUGCCUGCGGCCCCUCAGCCAGCAUCAACGGGCUGCUGCGGGAGCCCGAGCCGGGCGCCGGUGUCCACUCCGUGGGGCUGAGCCUGCCCCCCGAGCCAGGGCUGAAGGUGGUGGGCAAGGGGUCACUGCAGCGCUGCGCCUCUGCCUCCGGCGCCAAGCUCGCCUCAGAGUCCCCGUUGUCCUUCGAGGCCGUGUCCAGCCCCGGCAGCGCGGGCAGGGACCCUCCGCCGUCGCCGCUGGUGGACAGGAAGAAGCACCGGCGGAAGAAGCUGAUGACGCCGUCCAAGACCGAGAGCUCGGGUGGGCAGGCAGAAGAGGAGGAGAACUUUGAGUUUCUGAUCGUGUCAAGCACGGGGCAGACGUGGCACUUCGAGGCCGGCAGCUUCGAGGAGCGCGACGCGUGGGUUCAGGCCAUCGAGAGCCAGAUCCUGGCCAGCCUGCAGUGCUGCGAGAGCAGCAAGAACAAGGCGCGCAUGGACAGCCAGAGCGAGGCUGUGGCCAUCCAGGCCAUCCGCAACGCCCGUGGGAACUCGCUCUGCGUGGACUGCGGGGCACCCAACCCCACGUGGGCCAGCCUGAACCUGGGCGCCCUGAUCUGCAUCGAGUGCUCGGGCAUCCACCGCAACCUGGGCACGCACGUGUCGCGCGUGCGCUCGCUGGACCUGGACGAUUGGCCACGGGAGCUGACCCUGGUGCUCACGGCCAUCGGCAACGCCACCGCCAACAGCAUCUGGGAGCAGAACCCGCGCGGCCGCUGCAAGCCCACCCACGAGUCCUCCCGGGAGGAGAGGGAAUCGUGGAUUCGUGCCAAGUACGAGCAGCGGCUGUUCCUGGCGCCGCUGCCCGCGGCCGAGGCGCCGCUGGCCGAGCGGCUGCUGGGGGCCGUGCGCGAGCAGGACCUGCCCACGGUGCUGCUGCUCCUGGCCCACAGCCACAAGGAGCAGCUCAACGUGGCCAUGGCGGACACGGACCGGCGCACGGCGCUGCACCUGGCCUGCGACACCGCCCAGGUGGUCGUCACCCAACUGCUGGUGUGGUACGGGGCCGAUGUGCGGGCACGGGACGGGCACGGUCGCACCGCGCUGUUCUACGCCCGCCGCGCCGGCAGCCGCGAGUGCGCCGACAUCCUUCUGCAGCACGGCUGCCCCGGCGAGGGGCCCGGCAGCCCCUCGACCCCGGGCAGCCCCCCGACCCCCGGCCCUCCGACCCCCGGCGGCCCCCCGACCCCCGGGCCCCGCCGCCGCAGCAGCUGCGCCAGCAUGGGCCCCUGCGAGCCCCGGUCCGCCCUCGUAUAG